UGCCAGGAGUUUGUGUUCGCUUGUUGGCUGGGCGAUAUCAAGUGUGACACAACCUUCUAAGGCAAGUGACGGGUGCCAUAAAACGCAAAGAAACGGAUUUCCAAGUGCUUUUAGUUCUUACAUUCGUCCUCCUGUUUAUUGAAGACAAAUAUCAGCACACAUCAGGUAUAUACGAAUACCGCUGUCUGUGUGAGCAUGGAGAAUGCUGUACCUCCUAGAGCUCAGGCCGUGCGCAAGAUUUGAGUGGUCUUACCCAGCAGUGGGAUGUCAGUGUGGUUAGCUUUACUCGUGGAGCGGCAGUUGUCAGUGGGUCGGGCCAGCCAAACGGGACGCAAGAUGUCUUAACUGCCAAAGCUGUCACAUAUAUAGCGAGGUUGUGAACAUUUUGCUCUGGCGAAAACAAAGAAGUGAUUUACGCGGAAUUUCUGUCUGACGGGUAACAGCUUGGAUGGCCACAUAUUGUAUUUUUUACGUAAUAUGCCUUAUUAAUAGUUUAGGUUUGGAAGUCAGCAAAGAAGAUGUCAUUCGAACUGCUUGUAGCAAGCCGGUAAAUUUGUUCAGCGUUCGUUACAAAAGUGUUGCUGAAAAGGUGUAAAAGGGGAGAAAAACGGGUUAGUCAGAGAAAGGCGAGAAAAUCUGAGAAAAGUGUCAGAUCACUGUAAAACCCCCACAAGGAUCGUUUUUGGGUCACGGAUUUGAAUCUGAACACCUAAACGGCCGUUUGAUGCAAUUACUGAAAAGACGUGUUACACUGAAACUACUGUUUGAUUCGGUGAAUUCUGAAUACGCUGCAGAUUAAGACAUUUUCAGACAACUUUGUUGAUGGACAAUAUUUGCCUAUACCGGUCGCCAUGGUCAAAUUCAGGUACGCAUAUUUUUUCUCAUGCGUAGUUUUGGCAUCCUUCCAAAGUGUCUGGCCCAAGCGUUCACAUGAAAGAGGCCAUGCGUACGACGAGCAUCACCCACGCCACAUGGGUAAACUUGGUGACACGCGAAAACUUUAUCCAAGCACCGUGAAUGCUUUUCAAAUUCAAAAUGGAGCAGAAUCUGUAAGAUGGACGAACUGGAUGGAAUGGUCAAGUUGUACGAAAACGUGCGGAUUUGGAAUUUCCAUACGAACGAGAGAAUGCGUGACUAAAGAUGUUAGCCGGUCUAGUGACCUGGUGAAUAGCGCCGACGAGCACAGCAGAGGGUGUUUGGGGGUGUACAAGGAGAUCCGAACCUGUAAUACUCAGUUAUGCCCCACUGGGAUCCCGGCCUCCCGAGAGUCUCAGUGCUCCGAGUUCAACCACAAGGCAUUCAUGGGUCGUCAAUAUAAGUGGGAACCCUUCAUUAACCCCAAAGGUCAGUGUGAGUUGACAUGCAGAGCCAAGGGCUUCCGUUUCUACGCCCGCCUGGCAGCUACUGUAGCUGACGGAACACCAUGUGUUCCCGGAGAUGAGGACCUCUGUAUAGCCGGCCUGUGCAAGAAAGUUGGCUGCGAUGGCAUAGUGGGUUCAUACGCAGUCUUGGAUGCGUGCGGCCAAUGCAAGGGGGAUAACUCUAGCUGUAAUAUCAUAUCUGGGACUCGCACGAGUGAUCAACUUAUUCAGGGUUACAAUACGGUACUACGUAUUCCGACAGGUGCUGCAAGUAUCAACGUGACGGAAGUACGGAGAAGCAGUAACUUCUUAGCCAUGAAAACGUCAGGGAACAAAUAUAUUCUAAACGGUCCACAAGGGCUGUCAUCGGAGGGAGAAUAUUUCGCCGCUGGAACCAAGUUUACCUAUCACAAAAAUCAAGAGGGCUGGUGUCCCGGGCAGUGCCUUCACGCAAAGGGGCCGACAUCAGAGCCAAUCGAAAUACAGAUUUUAUAUUACAAUCGAAAUCCGGGUAUACGCUACCAAUAUUCUGUGCCGAAAAUAUCAAGCAUUUCAGCUGAAGUUAACCGAGUUCAUAAUCGUGGACACGAGACUUCAACCGUGCCCACACGGGAUACAGAAUUACAAGGUUACCUGUCUGACUCUCGUGAGGUUCAGAAUGAUCAACGAUCUCACGAGCGCACGAGGACCAGGGCACACAGCAGUCGUGACACAAGGCACCACCAUGGCCAGCGCCACACCGACUCUGCGAGGUCAAAGCAAACGUUGUAUUUCCCAAAAUACACUCAGAGUUUUACUUUUGGUGGAAAAAGUGUAAUAAAUCAACGUUACAGGCCGGAUGGAGUUGAUACUCGCUCUACAGAUCAUAGGAUUAGGGCUAGCUCUUCCGAUUUACACAACUCCAGAUAUAUCGAUGCCACACGCCAUGCUAGUUCCGGCGAGGUAAACAGGACCCGCAGCGCACACUCCAAUUCAAGGCCGCAUUCAUAUAGUUCAAGUCACCACAACUCGCAGUAUGGGCAGGGUCAACAAAUACAUGCGCAAACGAAAUACCCUCAGCCUAGUUCACAGCGCAGAACUGAUUCCUACAAUCGACAGACUGAUUCCUACCUUCCACAGACUGAUUCGCGAUUUCGCCCAACAGCCUCACCAUAUCGUCAAACCUCUUCUCCAUAUCGCCACUCGGAUAGUCGCAAUCAGCAAUCUAACUCAAGGCAUACUCAUGUCGAUUUACUAAACAGACAAACACCUUCACCACAUCGACAAACUGAUUCGCGAUAUCAUCCGACGGACACACGACACCGACAAACUGGUUCACGAUACAAUCCGACGGACACGCUACAUCGGCAGACUGAUUCACGAUAUUAUUUACCAGAUAGGCGAUCACACAGUCCACAGGAAGCAGCUGCUGACAAGAAGAAGAAUCAAAACAGCCAUAGGUCAUUGGCGGACAAUAAUUACCAAAUAGCUGUUGAUGUGCGAAGACGAGAACAGCUGAGAAAGCAUCGCCACAACUUGAAUAUUCAAAAACAACCUGUUUUUCUUCAACGUACCGAUAGUCCAAAUCGGGCUCUAACUUUCACUACGCUUCCAACCAACAUCAAUCGACUGCAGAAUCGUGUCCCGUCCAUUUCACGCAUCGUGGACAACAGAGUUGAACGGAAUAGAACCUGGUCAGAACAAGACAUCAGAGAUUUCAACAGCAUUCUCUCAGGCCAAAACACAGUCUCUAAAGGGGAAUAUUCCUGGAAGAUUUCCGGUCUUACAGAUUGCACGGCUUCCUGUGGCGGAGGAUAUCAGGAAACAAUUAUUAUUUGUGUGAAGAGAAGCUCUCAAGCUGUUGUGACAGAUGAGAAUUGUGAGUACACAGCACGGCCUGAAACUCACAUAGUCAUCUGUAAUGAAGCCCCGUGUCCGGCUGGGUGGCACGUGACAGAAUGGGGCGGAUGCUCGGCCAGUUGUGACACGGGGGUACAGAGGAGGGAAGUGAUGUGUAAGCGAAAGUUAUCCGCAGGAGUCAACAUCACGGUGGAUACGAAGGACUGUUCAGGACUGGUCAGACCCAUAUCAGCUCAGAGAUGUGGGGAGCAAAGCUGCUUUCUGUGGGUUCCGGGCAACUGGACUCGGUGUUCGGCUCUCUGUGGUAAAGGUGAGCGGACGCGUGACGUGGUGUGUCAGGCGUUGAGCGGACAGACCGCCGAUGACAAGCAGUGUAGCCGUAGAGGCCGUAAACCCUCGCAGAGAGAGGUCUGUGAUCUUGGAUCGUGUGGAAUAGGAUGGUUUUAUACUCAGUGGCCUGAACAUUGCUCAGCAGCAUGUGGAGAAGGAAAACAGGAGCGGAAGAUCCACUGUGCAGGUCCGCGUGGCAAUCCUCUAGAAGACAAUAAAUGUAGACAGUUCCACAAACCUGACAAAGAGCGCUCCUGUAAAACGGAUAUACCCUGCGGAGGAAAAUGGUUUACAGGUCCCUGGUUCAAGUGUAACUCCACUUGUGGCGUGGGUGUUCAGCGGAGAGACGUUCUGUGCAUGAAGAAACUGGGGUUGGAUUUUGUAACGGUGGUGGAGGAUGAAAACUGUGUAAUGGAAGAAAAGCCCAUCUCAGUGAGGUCCUGUGAGAACUUACCGCGAUGCCGGCCAGAAUGGUACAUGAAGGACUGGGGCCAGUGCUCAGCAUCCUGUGGUACUGGUUACAGAACCCGUGAGGUUAAAUGUUUAGAUGAUAAACAAGUUCCGAGCCCAGACUGCCGGCAGAAUGACAAACCUGUGAUCAGAGAGAGCUGCAAUGUCCAUUCCUGUCAUCGAACUCACAAACCAACAGAUGGCAGUUGUAAAGAUACUUUUUACAGUUGUAAUGUAGUUGUGCAGGCCCGGAUGUGCGUAUUUAAGUACUACAAGACCGUGUGUUGUGAUUCAUGCGUACAAAGUGGCCAGAUAAGUAGGGCGUGAGAGUCGCAGCGCUACUGGUCGGUGAAGCAGAAACAUAGGACUAGUAGUGAAGUGAACGUUUUAGACGGCUGGACACAUUGUGGAAUUUUAAACAGACCCGUUUCUUUAUUUGUCAGUAAUUGUGUAACUUUUGAGUGAAAAGUAGGUGCCUGUGAUUAGAAAAGUUUUGGCGUAGAUGAAUUGUCAUAGCAUUUGAAUUAUUAGACACAGGGUAUAUGGAUAUUUCCUUCCUUCCGUUUGAGCGGAAAUUUAAUUAAAACUGGUGCAAAGUUUGAAACACACAUUUCAUUUAAUGUCUACCACUUAUACCCUGAUACCCAUAGUCUGCAAUGAUUUGCAGCUUGAUAACAAUGGACUGUGACAUGAUAUCAGUUGAGUGUGACUUGAUAACACUGGAGUGUGACUUGACAACAAUGGAUAGUGACUUGAUAACAGUGGACAUUGACUUGAUAGCAGUGGACGGUGACUUGAUAACAUUGGUCAUUGACUUGAUAACAGUGAACAAUGACUUGAUAACAAUGGUCAUUGACUUGAUAACAGUGGACAGUGACUUGAUAACAGUAGAGUGUGGCUUGAUAACAGUGGACAAUGACUUUAUAACAGUGGACAGUGACUUGAUAACAGUGGAGAGUGGCUUGAUAACAGUGGACAAUGACUUGAUAACAGAGGACAAUGACUUGAUAACAGUAGAGUGUGGUUUGAUAGCGGUGGACAGUGGCUUUAUAAGAGUUCCAUCUUUCCCAUGGAAGUCAUUUCCACAUACAUAUUUCAGUUCUGUAAGUGAACCCACUACUGGAAAACUUGUCCUCUGUUUUUGCCUUUCCACAAAUAAGGUGUAUUAAACUUUCUUGCUAUCAUAGACAAUGGUAUGUGAGAUAGGAUACAUUGUAAUAAUUCACAAAUAACCUGUACAAUGUGGAUGAAAACUCAAGUAUAGUAAUAGAAAACAGCAGUAACGUGUAACCGUAAUGACAACCGGACAACUCCGUCCACGCUUUGCUACAGUCUUCAGUUUAACCUAGUCAUUACCUAACAAACGUAAUUUUCACGGUCGAUGUGUGUUUUUUGUUUGCAUUAAGACUUUAGAAACGCUGUUGUAUUACUAAAUGCCACAUUGAAAUCAGUCUUAUUUUUGACAACAGAUCUGUUUGUCACCAUUCUAGGUUUAAUCCUGACUAUGGUUGUUAGAAUGCUGAUAACAGUUUACCUGCACACCUGUGAAUUGCUGAUAGCGUUUUAUUGGCAAAUUGAUCAUGGCGACAUCUCAAAUUAAACUUGUCAUUCUGGAUGUCUGUGAACAUGAUCACUUCAAGAUUUCCGAAUUCUGGCCUAAAUACUGGCUACUCAACACCGGGACGUAUGGUACUGGACGCGUAUACCUUUCGUGUAUCUAACUCCGGUCCUUUACUCCUGGAUGUAGUGUGUAUACGUUAUCUUUAGAUAUGGACACAGUAUAACCAAUAGUAGAAGGCACUGGGAGGCGCAUGCAGACUAAGAAACAAACAGUGAAAGUCGUUUUACAGACACGUCCCGUGUGUUCCAUGUAUUUGAAAUAAUGUGCAUGUUGUCAAGAAGAGUGGUCGCCCUUGAUCUGGGGAUAAAAAAAUCAAAGUUUACCAAGAUAGCUGUACAGCGCACCGUGGUUGCAGAAACCACAUCAAAGCGAUGCCUGUCAGCCUUGGAAGGGUCGACUAUUUCUGCAAAACAAUACACUAUACCACGCAGGGAGAAAAAAACAUUGCUUUUUGACUUGAAGUCCGUAGGUAAGUAGGUAAGUAAGUCCGUAGACCAAAUUCUUAAUGUAAAGAGCGGAUGAGAAUGGUCUGCUGUAAAG